CCUCCAUCGGGGAUGUAAUCCCAAGCUCAAUUCAUACACUGGCAAUGCACUCUCACGAUAAUAUGAUCAGCUACAACGUCGCAGUGGACAAGAUCACUGCCUUCGCCGAAGAAGUCGUCAGCACCAGUCUUGCAAUCGAGGAACUCCCGCUACUCAAGGCGCUGGAUCGGGUUGCGGCGAAGGAUGUGCGCGGCCCAGAGGGACCGGAGGGGACGUUACCGAGAUGGGACAAUUCUGCUAUGGAUGGGAUUUGUGUGAACGCAAGACACAUUGCUUCGGCUCAAGCGAAGCUGGCAGCAGCUGCUGGGGAGGACGGAGAAUCGGAGGUGAAGAUCCGAAGUUUGGGAAGGGUCGUCGCGGGUGACGCUCCACCAACAUUUACUCCAAACAUGUGGGAUUACGAAGAUGGCGACAUCGUGUGCUAUGAGAUCAUGACCGGCGCACCAGUUCCGAAGGGCAACUUCUUUGACUCAGUCAUCAAAAUCGAAGACCUCGGUCGUACGCGUCUUGUGCGCCAGAUCGAAGAAGACGUUGAACCCGAGCAGUCCAUCUUCACACUUCCUUUCACCACGCACAUCCUUCAGGGCCAACAUAUCCGACGCGCAGGUGAAGAUAUACCCGCUGGGUACCUCUUGCUCUCAAAGGGAACGCUGAUAACACCGGGUCAUAUCGCGCUGCUGGCGAGUUUUGGGAUUCUCCGCGUCAGUGUCCCCAGAAGACCGCGUAUAGCAAUCAUCACAACCGGGAAAGAAUUAACAUCCACUACCUCCGCCACUCCCACUACCUCUUCCCUCGCCGCAGGCCGAAUCUUCGAUACAAACGGCCCUUACCUCUUCUCAACUCUGCUCUCCACCCAUCUUCUCUCCGCUUCUGACAUCACCCUUCUCCCGUCACGAAACGACUCCCCCGAGCACUUCGAGGAACUCGUCCUCACACACGUACUCGGCUCUGAAACAAAGUACGACGUAGUGAUAAGUACUGGGGCUGUGAGUAUGGGCGUACAUGAUUUCGUACCGGCGGCGGUGAGGAGGUUGGGGUUUGAUGUUGGGUUUCAUCAUUUGGGCAUCAAGCCUGGGCACCCGGCGUUGUUUGCUACCUUGCCGAAAGGGGAGCGACAAGGAGGGGUUGCGUUCUUUGCGUUACCGGGAAAUCCGGGGGCGGUGGGUGCUACGGAAAGGUUUCUUGUUCGACCGUAUCUGCGGACACUACUUGGCCUACCACGAGAAGGGCCUACAUUUGCCACCCUGCUGCAGCCUUCUCAUAUCUGCAAAAAGGUGGGCACACGAAAUUGGCUCAAAGCACGAUUCGUGCGCUCUACUUCGAAUGAUGAGGGCUUGGGCGUAGAGGUAUUAGAUAAGAUGCAGGGAAGUGGAAUGAUGAGAGGUUUAGCUGAAGGAGACUGUUACGUAGAGCUUCUAGAGGGGGCGGAGAGCGUCCAGUCGGGGCAGAGGGUCAGGUGUUGGCGGUUUGGGGGAGAGGGGGUGUAGUUU